AAGUAAAUAGAGAACCUCCGAGUGGCCCCACCACAAGAUGGCGGGACCCAGUUAUCUUUAAAAUCUUGUCACUUUAUCCAAUAAAGCGACAACUGCAACCGAAUUCAACCUCUCACUAGUACUACGUACUAAAACUGCUGAUUCAAUCAUUAUUUUCUCCGAAUCCAUUGUAUCACUGGAGAAGAUUAAGGUUGUUCUAGGGUUUCUUGUUCUUCAAUGGUGGAAAUAGGGAAGAUAGUGUUGGAUACAGGAUGGUUAGCUGCUCGAUCAACAGAUGUAGAAAUCAAUGGAGUAGAGUUGACUACUACUCACCCUCCUACUCAACCUGAAUCUCCUUGGAUGGAAGCUGUUGUUCCCGGAACUGUUUUGGGAACUCUGGUAAAGAACAAGCUUGUUCCUGAUCCUUUCUAUGGGCUGGAGAAUGAAUCAAUUAUUGAUAUUGCUGAUUCGGGGAGGGAACACUAUACUUUCUGGUUUUUCACCACAUUUGACUGUAAGCCGUCAAAUAAUCAACACGUGGAUCUUAAUUUUCGGGCUAUUAACUAUUCUGCUGAAGUCUAUCUGAAUGGGCACAAGGAGGUGCUCCCAAAGGGAAUGUUUAGGAGGCAUUCUAUUGAUAUUACUGGCAUUCUGCAUCCGGAUGGUCAGAAUCUGCUGGCUGUGCUUGUUUACCCUCCUGAUCAUCCAGGGCGAAUUCCUCCUCAGGGUGGUCAAGGUGGCGAUCACGAGAUUGGGAAAGAUGUUGCUGCACAAUAUGUCGAAGGUUGGGAUUGGAUGACUCCAAUAAGGGAUAGGAACACUGGCAUCUGGGAUGAGGUUUCCACUACUGUUACAGGGCCAGUGAAAAUAAUAGAUCCCCACUUGGCCUCAACGUUUUUUGAUGGCUACAAGAGGGUAUAUUUACACUCUACGAUAGAGUUGGUCAACAAAAGUGCCUGGGUAGCUGACUGUUCGCUGAACAUCCAAGUGUCAACUGAACUUGAAGAAAAUACUUUCUUAAUUGAGCAUCUUGAGACACAACAUGUGUCUAUCUCUCCAGGUGCCAGCAUUCAUUAUACAUUUCCUCAGCUUUAUUUCUACAAACCCAAUUUAUGGUGGCCUAACGGAAUGGGAAAGCAACAUCUUUACAAUGUUGAUAUUACUGUUGAUGUGCAAGGUUAUGGAGAGUCGGAUACAUGGAGUCACCAUUUUGGAUUUCGCAAAAUUGAGAGUCAUAUAGAUAGUGCUACAGGUGGAAGGUUGUUUAAGGUAAAUGGACAACCAAUAUUCAUCCGUGGGGGUAAUUGGAUCCUCUCAGAUGGAUUAUUGCGGCUUUCAAAGGAAAGAUACAAGACAGAUAUCAGAUUCCAUGCUGAUAUGAACUUCAACAUGAUGCGUUGUUGGGGUGGGGGACUGGCUGAGAGACCUGAGUUUUAUCAUUAUUGUGACUUAUAUGGUCUACUGAACCAGAUGCCAUUGUUUUAAGGAUUACGUUAUUGAUGCGAAGGUAAUCACUGUAAAGUGUAUACUGGUGGUAUAUAAAAGGUAGAAAAUCUAGACAAG